AUACAAUACACACUUGGUGAUUGAAGCUCGCCGCAGUCAGUCAUACAAAGGGAUGAUGAUUUGCUUGUUGGUUGGUUCACUUCCAACACUACAACAGAGCUCUUUUGUCACAUCUCACUCUUUGGUAGGUUUCAGCCCGGGUAGUUCGUCGGUGAGUGACACAUCGCGGUGAUCCAAUGGCCGUCUCUCCUCCUGUUGUAGCAUGGCGGUGCUCUGUUUGUUUUGUCGCUGAUCUGGCGCGCUCCCCUCUGUCUGUAUCUAAAAUUCACCCCCAUAUAAAGAGUCUCUACCUGCUCUCGAGUUUUCUAACCAUCACUUACUACAGAACACACCAUUAAUAAACCGGAAUCGACCGCGUCGUUAUUGGCCAUUCAGCUCAAUAUGAAGCUAUCUAUUCAUGAUCUCGAGAAGUUGACCGCAAAGGACCUGGAGGGCGUACUUUGGCUUGAGCCAGUGGAGGGGGAAGAAUGGACCGAAGAACAUAAAAAGAAAUUGAAGGAGCUUGUCGACGCGAGAGGCCAGGAUUACCGCUUGGAUGCGACAGCACUGGGGGAGAAACUUAGAAAUCUAUCCAGUACAGAUGCUCGCCGCCGCUCUGCUUCGACCGAAAGCAAGACCACCGCGUCUUUCCUAACCCAUACCCCGAGUCCGGACCCGGAGAUGGAAGCUAUUAGAGCGAAACAUCGCGCAGAGAACUUGGAGGACUAUAACUAUCUAAUACAGCAGGGUGGACGGCCGGCCUUUCCACUAGAAUUAGCCCAAGCACAAACUAAUGACUUUGGAGAGCAUCUGGAUAUGGUUGAAUACUGGGGACAGAGAUAUCGCGGCCAACGAAACCAAUGGGUUGUUUUCCUAACCCAUCAGAUGCGAAAACGGAGGUCAGUGAAGGUUUUUACUAAAUACCAGCAGACUGUACAUGACUACCGGGAAAAGGAGGGGAUUGAGGGCAGCAUCCAGUUGCAUUUCGAUGAGAAACAACAGUCCAAAAUAGACACGUGGAAGGAGUAUCAUUAUCACGAACACAAAUUUUUACUCCCCAGGAGGGAGAAGGCUGAGGCUGCGCGCAAACAGCGAGAGAAAGACAUAGCAGACUGGGAGGCUGGUAAGCGCAAUCCUCAGAUACCUGAGAAUAUGGGCUGGAUCCACUAUGUGAGAGCACUAGAAGAAUCUGACCUGGAGAAAGAUCUGGGUUGGCUUCGCUGGAUAGAAUCGGAGUUUCCCAAAAUAGAGCAAGAAUGUGCUAUCGGCUUAGACAAGACACCCCGUCCUGCAGAAGCAGAAGCCGAAACCAAGGAACCUGCAACAUUGCCGUCGUCGCAUAUCGAAAUAGAACCUCCAAGUGCAGGGAAGUCUUUGAGGAGGAGUCAACGCUCAGCCAGUGGUACUACGAAAUCCCUAGUCGGUUCACCGCGAGUCUCUUCACGAAGGAAAGCAAACCCAGCAGUUCCUGCUAAAUAUCUUAGCCAUGCACAUUUAGGGACGGCUUCUUUGGCGCCACCAAGUCAAAGCAGCACACUCGCAAAACCAGCCACGAGACGAGAUAUGAUACCCAAUGAAUCACGAAUGGCACGCUCUGUGCCCAUUGCUGAGACUGGUUCAUUGCGUCGGAGUCAGCGAAUUAUUGAAAUGGAAUCGAGGAAAACUCAACAACAAGCAGCACAGGAAGCAGCAAGGCAAAGCGAGACAGCGCCCAAGAUUGAAUCUAGAAGGUAUUUAAGGACUCUGUCUAGGAAAAAGAGCUCCAAGCCUACUUCCCUGCACAGUAAGCCCCAAGGAAUCACAAAAGCUCAGUCAUCUAGGAAAAGGAAGCUAGUUCCAGCUGCGAAAAAAACCGCCUUAGCAUUAAGAGAUGAUCAGCAACAAGCAGCACAGGAAACGCCAAAGUCAAGCCGGACGGCGACUCGCGAGACUACCGGAAAGAAGGAGUCAAGAUCUCAGUCUUCUAGGGAAAAGAACGUCAGGGCAGCUCCACCUCAAAGCAGACCGCAGGGUGUCAAGAAGCCUCAGGCACCUCCCAAAGGGAGACGCUCUCGAGCUCUGAAAAUUACCGCCUUAGCAAGGGAAGUGACUGUGUAGUCUCUAGCAAAGCGCGUGAGUUGUUUCGUAUUAUCUCGACAUGACCAAAGGUGUCUAUCUAUCCAUCUCGGUAAAGAUUUGCGUGAAAGCCCUCCCCCGUUAUGCGAGUUUUACUACCUCGACAUUUUGCCCCAGGAGGAUUUCUUU